CCCCCAGGGAUGGCGGGGGUGUCGUUCGAGGAGUUCUGGGGGUUUUGGGGACCCCCCUGACCCCCCGUUUCCCCCCCCAGGGAUGGCGGGGGUGUCGUUCGAGGAGUUCUCGGCCCCCCCCGGGGCGGAGCUGGCGCUGGAGCCCCUUUUCGGGGGGAACAUCCUGGAGAGCGAAGGGGAACCCGAGGGGGGGCUCCCCGAGGGGGGGGGAGGGGCCCCGCCCCUCCCCCAGCCCCGCCCCCGCCGCGGGGGGAUGGGCCGGGGGGGCGAGGGGGGGGAGGGGCCCGAGGGGGCCGAGCUGAGGAGGAGGAGGAUGAAGGUGCAGGCCCUGGGACGGAGGUGUCGGGAGAUCAGGCAGGUGAACGAGCGGGCGCUGCAGCGGCUCCGGCAGGUGCAGAGACUGACCCGGAGACUGCAGAGAGAGCGCAGGUGACACACCUGGGACACACCUGGGA